AUGGCUCCAGGUCGCAAGCGACCGGCGCAGCUUCCCAGCCAAAGUGCUUAUGUUUGUGUCAGCAUGCUUCGGCUCAUGACCAGGGCGACCGUGGCUGCAGUGCAACGGAACACCUCACUUGUAGCUUCGACGGCCUUUGAUCUCAACGUUCCGGACACGCCGGCAUGGGACAACAGCCAUGAAGCAGCUCUGGGGUUAGUUAACAGCAUGGAUGCUAUCUUCCCGGUGGCUUGGGAAAGCCACGCCACAACCCAGGAGAUGAUCUUUUUCAGAUGGAACAUUCUGGAGCUGCUGGGCGCCUGGAUGGACUUUGGAGGGCAGUGGAUUGAUCACCUGCCUACUUUCACCUCCCGUUUGGUAUGGCAGUUUUACUGCUGUUCGCUUCCUAUACGCGUGUACAUUCUGGGCAUCCACCGGAUCUUGUGGCCGAUGCUCUACCGGGGCCUCGCAAAGAAGUGUGCGGUCGCAGAGCCGUACCAACAGAUUCUGGCGCAGGAUGCAGACCUCACCCACUUCAGCACGCAUACUUUGGUCGGGCGGGUCUCGCGGCUGCAGUCUUUGAAAGCUUGUGAUCGGGAAUGCUUUCUGGACUUGUCUUGUGCUUUCGCUGCGCUGGCGCUGCAAGCGGGUCAGAGGAAGCAAGAAGGCGAUAUGUACCGAUAUCUGUCCGAAGUCCAAGCGAUGAUUCAGUCAGCUUUCUGUGAGACCCUGCACGACUGCAUGCGCACGCCUCCAGCGGCAGAGCUUCUGCGUACCACCGGUGGCUUCUUGCACUUGAUAUCUGAGCUGCCUCUGGUCAGAGCCAGACAAGCGCAUCUCCUGAUUGACAGCACCGACGCAAUGCAGCGCACCGACUUUGAGCAGUUUCCGAUAGCCACACCGCAGACGAUUCAAGAGGACCCCAAACCGGUUGUGCCAAGCUCUACCGACGAGGUUGAGGCCCAAUGUAUAGACAAAAAAGACAUGGACUCUAUAAGUCCCGCGAGAGUCUUGAAACUCUACAGCAUGCUGAAUACAGUGGGCCAAGUCCUUUCCAAGUUUGGUGUAGACUGGUUUGUAUCACACGGCACGCUUCUGGGCGCAAUCCGGCAUGGAGGCCAGAUCCCACAUGACUGUGAUCUGGAUUUGUCCAUGUUCUCCUGGGAUAUUCACAAGAUGCGCAAUGCAUCUUUGAUGCUGGCUCUGCAGCGGAACGGCUACUUUGUGGAUUAUUUGCCGGUGCAGCAUUUGAUUACAAUUUGGCGCGGCACGAGGCACUCGGAGAUCGCGACUCGUGGUGUGCGUGCUGUCAACCACUUGAACAUCUACACGCCUGUGUUACACAUCUUUGUGCUCUUCGACUUUCAGGAAGCAGGACAGUGGCAGUAUGAUACUGACAGGCUGAAACACACUGGCUGGCAGAUGUCACAGCAGGAGUUGCUUCCCUUGAAGUCACACUCUUUCGGGGAGUCUCUGGUUCCAGUCCCAGCCCGACCAGAAAUCUAUCUGGAUCGAAUGUACGGCCCGGAUUGGCGCCUUACUGUCCGCUCCAUGACAGCACUGAAGGCUUAUGACUAUUACCCGCCAACGGCACUGACCAGUGCCGGCCCCGCCCAGCCGACCGGGCCGUUGGAGAACGUUAUCGACUGA